AUGCCAGAUAAAAUAUAUUAUUUCCCGCAUUUCAUUAAAAAACCUGAUAUGCGUGAAAGUUUAACACUUAGACGUAACAAAAAAGUAAAAGUAGUUUUUAGAAAUAUUAGCGGAGCUACAUUAUUAAAAAAAAAUAAAAUAUUGAUUAACGGAAACGAAACAUUUGCUUCUAUACUAAAUUUUCUUCAAAAAAUUUUUAAUAAAAAUGAAAAUAUAUAUUUAUACAUAAAUAAUGCCAUAAAACCAAAUCUUGAUGAUUUUAUAUAUGAUCUUUAUGAAUUAUAUAAAAUUUCAGAUAGCUUAAAUAUUUCAUACAGUUUCACACCAGCGUAUUAA